AUGGGUGGGAUGGGAAUGGUGGUAAGGGAUAGUGUGGAGGAUGUGGUUAUGUCCGCGGGUAACAAUGUCAAGAUUCCAGCUACAACUCACACUACUGAAGCCAUAGCUGCUCUGUUUGGCCUGCAAUAUGCCUAUGUCAUUGGGUUCAGGAACAUCAUUAUGGAAACUGAUUGCCUAGCCCUGGUAAAUAUUCUCCUCGAGAAAACAAAGGACAACAUUGAAGCCCAUAUGAAUGUCAAUGAUGCUCUUCUUUUAUCUAGGAAGUUUGAUGCUUGUUGUUUUAAUUUUGCAAAAUGCUCAUGUAAUAAGAUGGCUCACUCCUUUGCCAAGGCUUCACUCGAUUUUGAAGAAGUAAUAAUGGAUGUUUCUUUGCCUUCUUCUUUGUCGUGGAAUACAUGUGAUAGACAUGCGUCUUUCCUUGGUGUAGACACCUGUCUUUCAAAUUACAAAUAA